UUCUCCUUCCACAAACGACUUAUCCUCUCAAAUGGCUUCUCCCUCUUCUUCUUCUCGGCCACGCACAUGGAGAUACCGCGUCUUCACGAGCUUCCACGGACCUGACGUCCGUAAAACCUUUCUCAGUCAUCUACGUAAACAGUUUAACUGCAACGGGAUUUCGAUGUUCGACGAUCAAGGAAUCGAGAGAAGCCAAACCAUCAAACCUGAACUCAUACGAGCUAUUAGAGAAUCGAGGAUCUCGAUCGUGGUGCUCUCUAAGUACUAUGCCUCUUCAAGCUGGUGUUUAGAUGAGUUGGUGGAGAUUUUCAAGUGCAAAGAAGAUAAGAACCAAAUAGUGAUGACGAUCUUUUACGGUGGAGUAGAUCCAUCCGAUAUGCGGAAACAAACAGGAGAUUUCGGGAAAGUUUUCAAGAAAACUUGUGCUCGUAAAACAAAGGAGGAGAGGCGAAAAUGGAGUCAAGCUUUGACCGAUGCUGGCAACAUAGCCGGUGAACACCUCUUAAACUGGGACAAUGAAUCAGAGAUGAUUGAAAAGAUUGUUAGAGAUGUUUCAAACAAACUAAACGUUACAAUCUCCAGCGAUUUUGAAGACAUGGUGGGUAUUGAAGCCCACUUGGAGAAGAUGCAAUCUUUGUUACAUUUAGAUGAUGAGGAGGAUGUAGCUAUGAUUGUUGGUAUAUGUGGCCCUGCAGGCAUUGGUAAGACUACCAUUGCUAGAGCUUUACAUCGCCGACUCUCUAGCAAUUUCCAGCAUACUUGUUUUAUGGAAAAUAUAAGGGGGAGCUAUAAAAGUAGUCUGGACGAGUAUGGUUUGAAGCUGUGUUUACAAGAAAAACUUCUUUCAAAGAUUUUAAACCAAGACAGUAUGAAACUACACAAUUUAGGUGAAAUACAUGAAAGGUUAUGCGACCUAAAGGUUCUUAUCAUUCUUGAUGAUGUGGAUAAUCUUCAGCAGCUUGAAGCUUUGGCUAAUGACACCAACUGGUUUGGUCUUGGAAGCAGGAUUAUCGUAACCACUGAAGAUCAAGAGCUUUUGGAACAAUAUGGUAUCAACAGUAUAUACCAUGUGGACUUUCCAACUAAAAUAGAAGCUCGUGAGAUCUUUCGAAGAUAUGCUUUUACUAGACGCAGCUCAGCACCAGAUGGUUUUGAAAAGCUAGCAGAAAGAGCAGCAGAGCUUUGUGGUAACCUUCCGUUGGGUCUCCGUGUCAUGGGUUCAGUUUUACGUGGAAAGAAAGAAGAUGACUGGGAAAGUAUAUUGCUUAGGCUAGAAAAUAGCAGCAUACCAAAUAUUGAUAAAGUACUUAGAGUUCGAUACGACAACUUACAUGAGAACGAACAAUCUCUACUUCUCCUCAUUGCUUUCUUCUUCAACUACUACAAUUAUGGUCAUGUGAAAGAACUGCUCGCUGAAAAUAAUAUGGAUGUCAGAUUUGGGUUGAAAACCCUUGCCUAUAAAUCUCUUAUACAAAUAUCCGAGCAAGGAACUAUAGUGAUGCACAAGUUACUACAUCAAGUGUGUAGACAAGCGAUUCAAAGACAGGAGCCUUGGAAACGCCAAAUCCUAGUUGAUACUGAUGAGAUUCUUGAUGUUCUCGAAAAAGAUUCUGGUAAAAGAAGUUUGAUGGGGAUAUCUUUUGAUAUAUCUACAAUCAAAGACAGCAUGGAUAUAAGCCCAAGAGCUUUGAAAAGGAUGCGCAAUCUACAAUUUAUUAGGAUCUACAACACAAGACAGGAUACAAAUGUUAGAGUGCAUGUACCUGAGGACAUGGAUUUUCCACCUCGUCUGAAGUUAUUACAUUGGGAGAAAUAUCCAGGAAUGUGUCUUCCUCAUACACUUAAGCCUGAACAUCUUGUGGAACUCAAUUUAGAAAAUAGCAAGCUCAAGCAUUUGUGGGAAGGAACCCAGCCCCUUGGAAAUCUUAAAAAGCUGAAUCUGUCAUGGUCUUCUAAUUUGGAGGAACUCCCGGAUCUUGGGAAUGCUACAAAUCUAGAGAUUUUGGAUGUGUGUAAAUGCCAGAGUUUGGUGGAGAUUCAUUCCUCUGUUGGAAAUCUUCAUAAACUGGAGAGGUUGGGGAUGGGUUACUGUGGAAAGAUACAGGUUGUUCCGAGUCUCUUCAACUUGGCAUCUCUUGAAAUAGUCUCGAUAGUGGGAUGCUACCAAUUGAGGAAACUUCCAGAUAUUUCCGCGACCAUCACAGAACUCGGAAUCGUAGACACGAUGUUAGAAGAAUUUACUGCAUCAAUUAGGCUCGGGUCUCGUCUUUUAAGACUCCUUAUAGGUGGCAGUGUCAUUCCAAAUCAAUUGAUGCUAGAGAGAAGUGGCGCAGAUAUUGAGAGACUUCCAGAUUGCAUCAAAGAUCUUCAUGGAUUAGAAGAGCUUUAUAUAGUUGGAUGUCCAAAACUUGUAUCACUGCCAGAGCUUCCUAAGUCGCUCAAAAGACUAAUCGUAUGGAAUUGUGAAUCACUGGCGGAGAUAUUAGUAUAUUUCCCUUCCGACUCUAUGAUUGAGGAUCUCUGUUUCCCCGACUGUGUCAAAUUGGGUACAGAAGCGGGGAGAGUCAUUACCCAGCUGCAAUCAUCGCGGGUAUGCUUACUAGGAAGAGAUAUACCUGCAGAGUUCAAUCACCGGGCUGAUGGAAAUUUCUUGGCCAUCUGUUCAAAUGCCGCCCGGUUUAAGAUUUGUGCCGUGGUUUCCCAGAUGGAAGUUGAAGAUGAUGUUAGAGAAUUAAUGUGUCGCAUACACAUAAAUGGUUGCCCCACGGAAAAUUGUAUAUUCCCUUUUAUCUUUGCAAUCCAAUCAGAACAUCUGUUUAUAUUUCACUCCGAAAUUCGGAGGGGAGACCGACGGCUUGACCAAUACAGCGAGAUAUUAUUUGAAUUCAGCGCCUCAUCCCAGGACAUCAAAAUUGUUGAAUGUGGUGUCCAAAUCUUGACAGACAGAAGCGGCUCUGGGAGUUAUGAAUCUAACUCACAACAGCCGUUGAAAGACAACAAUGGAAGUCUCUCUGAUGGGAGCCUUGAGUAUGUUGCACCUAAAGCAAGGGUGGGCACUUUACCCGAUAUCCGAAGCCGCACCCGAACCCGAUCCGAAGCCGCAUCCGAAUCCGAUCCGAAAAAUCUGAACCGAAGUAGCAAAAUAUCCGAACGGGUAUUGAAUUAGCAGAGAUUGGAUAUCCGAACCCGAACGGGUAAUAUCCGAACCUAAAUGUAUAUCCGAAGAUAACUGAACAUAUGUAUAAUUAACCUUAUAUUUCUAGUUUUCAUUUCUCAUCUUAUAUAAAAUGUUUCUAUU